GAAGAUCAGAGUGCUCUUGCACGGACCGCCUUAUAAUAGAGUUUCUCCUCUGACUUUUUAAUUCUCAUUUCGCGAUCUGAACUCAAAUGUUGGCCCCUCGUUGGCUCUGUCGGGACUGACUAUCGACCAUGAACGAGACCUGAGAGACCCAGCGGCUUCGAAAGGCAACCGGCCGUCGACCCAACCUUGAAAUUCUCACCGAGACAGAUGUUUCACAAUCCCCUGAGCGCUUGAUACCGAAUUUGUUAGUUUACCAUCAUGUCUGACGACGAGGCGGAUCCAGGACUUCUGGAUUUCCUCCGUCAACACUUUCAGAAAGCUUCUCUGGCACCCAAGAUUCCUGAAACUCAUGUCCUUGAAGGAGCCGAAUAUGUCUACGACAACGCCAUCGAUGUGGCCUUGGACUAUCGGUCUACCAAAGCUGCCGCAGCCAUGAUCUAUGACCAGAUGCAGAAGAAAGAGUAUUCGACGAAGACCUGGGCGGAGCAUGAGCUGCACCCCAAGGCCAAGGACGAAAGUACUGUGGCGUUUAUUUUUACUAUGGAUCUCUUGAACUUCUCCUUCUGGUCAGAGAAGAAUGAUGAAGAACGUUUUGCAGUGGAGUAUAAAGGGAAGAAGUGGACAGGCUACUGGAGUUUAGUUGCUUCAUUGCAGAGGGCACUUGACGAGGAUAUACCAAUUACGUCUUCAGAUUUCUGGCAAAAUGAGGAUGAGUGUACGGAAGAGGUCCUCAAGCAUGUCUUCAGGAGCUCAACUGAGGAAGAGAUCCCAUUAUUUCAGGAGAGGAUGGCUUGCUUGAGAGAAGCAGGCCAGAUCUUGUACGAGAAGUACCAAUGCAGCUUCACGAACUGCAUAGCAGAAGCCAACCAUUCCUCUGCGGCCUUGGUCAACAUUCUCGCUAAUAAUUUCCCCUGCUUCAAUGAUGUCGUACCUUUCGAGAACCGAAAAAGUGUUCGGUUUCUCAAGCGGGCACAAAUUUGCGUAGCAGAUGUUUGGGCUGCUUUUGAUGGCGAAGGCUUUGGUCACUUUGAUGACAUUGAAAAGAUCACUAUGUUUGCCGACUAUCGCGUUCCCCAGAUGUUGAACACCCUGGGUUGCCUGUGGUACAGCCCACUACUUGACAAUGCCAUUCGUCAUAAGAAAUUGAUCGAAACUGGGUGUAGCUGGGAGAUUCAGUUGAGAGUUCUUGCUGACGUUGGUUUUCAAGGCUGUGCAAUAUGGUGUGUCGAAUUACUCAGACGUGAGAUCCUCAGAAACCAUCCGGAUGCAAAGGUUAAUGCCAUCCUAAUUGACUUCUUUCUGUAUGAUACGAUGAAGGAACGGGAAGUGGAGGGGCAGGAAGAGAUACCUCAUCACAGGACCCGUAGUAUCUGGUACUGA